GAGAUGGCAGAAUAAGCGGGUUUGUUAACAGAGUGACACAGUCCACGUUCCAGAGCCAGCGAACAGGAAGGACUCAGCCAUGGAUUCAGAGACUAUUGAAAUUGCAGCUCUUGGACGACCCCUGCACCCUGGCAUGCUGUAUGACUGUCGCAGAGACACCUUUAUCCCAGGAGUCUUACUGUGGGAUCAAGAAGCCAUCAAAAACAAUGUGGAUGUGAAACCACAGACUGUCACGCAUUUUGAUUUUUGCAAAAGUGACUCUCUCAGUGAGAAGAACAAGCUGAUGGAUGUCAGUGCCUCGCUGGCAGCCAGCUUCAUAGCAGGACUGGUGAAGGUGGGGGGCUCAAGCAGCUACCUGAACGACAGAAUGUCCUCCAUGCGACAGUGCAGGGCCACAAUGCACUACAAACAAACCACUGAGUUCAAGCAGCUGACUGUGACCCAGGUUGGCAAAGUGGUAUACCCCAAAGUGUUUGAGCAGAAGAGUGCCACCCAUGUGGUGACAGGAGUACUGUAUGGGGGUGAGGUCUUCAUGGUCUUCGACCAGAUGGUGUCAACUGAGGAGGAUAAGCAAAAUAUUACUGGGGCCCUGGAAUCGUCCAUCAGGAAGAUACCUAAAGUUGAAAGCAGCAUUGCAGAAAAAUUUAGGCUGACAGACAGGGAGAAGAGGACGGUGCAGAAGUUCAGGUGCACGUUCCACGGUGAUUUUGCGCUGGAGCACAAUCCCACCACUUAUGAGGAGGCUGUGGAUUCGUACAGAAAGCUCCCGUUGCUGAUGGGGGAUGGGAGUAAAGCAGUGCCUGUGAAGGUCUGGCUCUAUCCUCUUACAAAACUGGACAGAAGAGCAGCCCAGCUGGCCUCCGAGAUCAGUGCGGAUCAGGUGGCAUGUUUGGAAGUCCAGAUGGGCCAGCUACACGAGGCCCAAAUGAGAGCCGACGACGCCACACAACGAUGUGAGGCCAUUAAGGUCACAUAUUUAACAGAGAACCUGGUCAAAUUCAAAAACAUAUUGGCCACUUUCAAAGACACCCUCCAGAAUAAUCUGAGCAAACUUUUGCCAGCUAUCCGGGGUGGGAUAGCGGGGAAAGAGAAACUGGAGGCCAUUCUGAAAUUCAUCAAUGAGUCAUCGUUCACUCCUGACAAGAUGAGAAAAUGGCUUGAUGAUAAAGAGUCUGAAGUAAAGGUGCUGGAAAGCUACAUCAAUCGUCUGGAGGGCUGUGACGUUAUGCCACCUGGACCUGAGCUGGACUCAGUUCUCUCUGAUCCAGCCAUUGAACGUCUCUGCAUCUUCAACUUCACCUCACUGAAGAAGGAGGAGCCGUACCUCUCAAACCUGUUUGAGUGCCUGGCUUCUGAAGAGUUCAGGAAAAUGCAAAAGAUCUCUGUAGCUCAGAAAAUCAGCUUCGAAGAGGAGGCCCGGCCUUGGUUCAGGGACCCACAGAUCUCUGAAGAAAUGAGAGAUCUACUGGCGUGGUUUCAGUCAGAAGCGAAAAAGUUCACAUUUUUUAAAUUUGUAAAAACUACUCGUAAAUUCAUCAUUAGCUACAGGUCAGACCCCUUAAGCCAAGGAGCUGUUGUUCAUACAUAUAAACAUGGGCAACUGCAAGGCAUGCCAGAAAUCACACCCAGGAAAACUAUUAAAAAAGACAACACACAGGUAUAGAUGGAUUUGCAUCUAUCACUCUAUCUCUCUCUCUCUCCCUGUGUCUUUCACACACACACACACACACACACACACACACACGCACAUUCACUCACUGAGCACUCUAUUAGGCACUUACUUCAUUACACCAACUUAUUCAUGCGAUUAUCUACACCGUGUGGCAGAAGUGCACCGAACACUUUAUUAGGAACAUUCUUACUUUAUUACACCCACUUAUUCAUGUGAUUAUCUAUUCAGCCAAUUGUGUGGCAGCAGUGCAGUGCAUACAGUCAUGUAGAUACGGGUCAGGAGCUUCAGUUAAUGUUCACCUCAACCAUCAGAAUACCAUGACCACGGAAUGAUUGUUGGUGGCAGACAGAGUGGUUUGAGUAUCUCAGAAACUGCGGAUCUCCUGGGAUUUUCAUUUUCAUUUCACUAUUUCAAUCCUCACUAUAUUUUGCAAAGAAUGAUGCAAAAAACAAAAAGAAAUCCAGUGAGAAGCAGGUUUACAGACAGAAGCGCCUUGUUAGUGUAACCCUGUUGAAAUUUAUUCAUAAGAAUAUAAAGGAAUAAAUAAGUUCAUGGUUUAAUAAAUAGCAUUUAAGGUUAAAAAUGUUAAGAUUCAUUGACCAGCAAUGAAGUUAUGAUUUUGCUCAUUGAGAACAAUGAAUAUUGUGUAAUGUUCAUGGUUUACUGAAUACAGCAUUUAAAAGGUUCAUUAUUUGUUGUGUUAAAAAUAUGUGAAAAUGCUUUAAAUAUGCCUGUAAGAAUAAGGAAAGAAGGAGUUUUGUGGAUUUGUUUUAUUUCUGGAACUUUUGUGAAUGAGCCAAUCAUAUUCGAGGUCAGAGCACAAGGAAGUGAGUGGAAUGAAGAAACGUGAGGAAAAACGGCGGAGUUGAGAGAGAGCGACGAACAGGGAAGACGUGUGAAGCGUGUUGUCUGCUGUAAAGUGAAACACGAACCGUUAAGUCAAUGUCAACACCAUUUUCAGUGAAAGAGUUCGACCAGGACUCUUACAGAAACUUUAAUGGUGAUAGUUCUGUCAGUUUUGAGCGAACUGCUCAGCACAAGAAGACAGAAAGUAGUUCAGUCUAGCUGCUGACUUAGUGGCUAGUGCAUUUGUAUGGACUUUGCUAACAAGCUAGCGACCAGCGAACUCGACUAGUAAAGCCUGUGUGGAACAAGACGACGACGACGACGAACACAAAGACCCCGACGGAGCCGGAUAGCGUUGCCGAAUGGUGGACUUUGCCGAGAUAUUCAGCUGCGUGAGUUUUCUCUUCGGCCCUGUGAAUAUUCUGCUUCUUCUCGUCAUCUCUCCUCCUACUCCUGCCGCCUUGCAACCUGCGCGUGUGAGCCCACAUUCCAUUGAGUAAAGUUACCGUUCUUUUGUUUUUGUUUUUGCCCGCGUGGUGAAGCAGCCAGUUUGUUUGAGGCUACAACGUACACGAGCUACAUUCAGGCCUGCAUCACGUGAACUGGGUAUUAUAUAUUUCAAGCUAGAUUCUUUUAUUGCCGGCAAUUUUAUUUCUUUGGGCCCAUAGGUUUUGCUGUUCAUUUGAAUGCAUUUCAUGGUGACAUUUGAUAUUUGAAAAGAAAGAGUUAAACACAGUUCUAUUUUCUAUUUUAUACUUUAACAGUUAUGGUUAAUCACUACUCUUGAUAUUUUAAGUUAAUCAAGACACGUAGUAAUUUUGUUUAAGCUAAUAAGAGUGUUUAAAGGCUAAAAGUGUUUAUUUAGAAGGAAAGUAAUUCUAAAGACAUUUUAGUUAAUGGUAACAUGUAAGAAGUCAUGCUUAAACACUGAUUUAAAGGGAAAAGAGCAUUUAAUUUAAAGUGAGCAGUCAUACACACAUUAGGUUAAUACUAAUAAGUUAAUUAGUGAAACCCCAAGCUUUAUAUAUUUUAAAGAACACAGGUUAGCCACCUCUCACAUUAGUCAAACACGCUAGAGAGGCGCUACAUUAGUGAGAGUCAGAGGGGAAUGGCCACACAACAUUACAACAGUGGUAUGCUGUAGAGCAUCUCUGAACACACAACGCAUCAUAACUCUAAGUGGAUAGGCUACAGCAGUAGAAGUUGGUGCCGUCUAAUAAAUACUUAAGUGCUUACUAAGUGUUCCCUAACACAAAAAAUUGCCUUUUGUACUAUAAUAAUCAGUUUUUUUAUAAUCGGACCUUGAUAAUCAGAUAUUUCUCUUAACAUUCUUAUGUUUUUUGAUUUCCACGUAAUCUUUUGUUUGAUUUAUAAUAUAAUCAUAAUCAUAAUAAUCACAA